AUGCCGCGGGAGUUUUUAAAGGCCACAUCUGUAUAUGCACUUGCCACCCUGCUGGACCCGAGAUAUAAAGACAGAUACUUUACAAGUGCACAAUCUGCAAAGCGUGCAAAAGAUGCACUGACAGGGGAACUAGAGGAAGACCUGAGGAGGAGCACAGCUGGAGCAUCACAGGCCGGACCAUCACAGGCCGCAGAACCACAGGAAAAGUUCCCUCGGGUGGAAGCAGCAGCACCGAGCAGCUUUAUGCAAGAGUUUGAGCAAAUUGUGGAGGAGUCUGAAGAUCCUGGUGCAGCAAGCAGCUCAAGCCCUGCAGUCCAACUGCAUGGUUAUCUUGCAGAGAAAACCAUUGCUACCUCAGACAACCCAUACCAGUACUGGGGAGUCAACAAAUACAGAUUACCUUGUCUUGCUGCCACUGCCACAAAAUACCUCUGUGCCCCCUGCACUAGUGUGGAAAGUGAGCGAGUGUUCAGCACAGUUUCUAACAUUGUGGAUGAAAAGAGAAGUAGGCUUACAGCAGAGAGAGCAGAAAUGCUUGUCUUCAUGAGAAAGAAUUUGCCAUUGCUGAUUAAGUGA